UUUCACAGCCACCUAAUGGGAAUGUUCUACCAAACGAUCCGCAUGCUGGAGCAUGGGAUCAAGCCGGUGUACGUUUUUGAUGGGAAGCCUCCACAGCUCAAAUCAUCAGAGCUUGAGAAGAGAGGAAAAAGGAGGGCAGAAGCUGAGAAGUUGCUUGCUCAAGCACAGGAAAUGGGAGAAAAAGAAAAUGUAGAAAAAUUCACCAAACGUCUGGUUAAAGUGAUUAAGCAGCAUAAUGACGAAUGCAAAAAGCUGCUAUCCCUGAUGGGCGUUCCCUACAUUGAGGCUCCAAGUGAAGCUGAAGCCAGCUGUGCUGCUUUAGUUAAAGAAGGGAAGGUCUUUGCUACGGCAACAGAGGACAUAGCCGGCCUGACUUUUGGGACAAAAGUGCUUUUCUAA